AUGUACAACAUCACCAUCCUGGGAGCCGAUGUGGUAGAUACAGGGUCCUACCGCUGUGCUGCUGUGACAAUAGGAAAUAGAUUUAAUGCAUCAAGCGAAGCCAUUUCAGUUGAUGUUGUUGUUCCUGGUCAAAUUAACCGUGACCUCAGCAAACUUGAGGAUCGUAUCCAACUAAACCAAACGGCAAGUCUCAUCUGUACCGUGUUCUCGAGCAGUGAAGCAAUCAUAGCAUGGGAGCGGAAUGGAGUGAGACUACAGGAUAAUGUGACCAGGAUUAGCAUUGAACCAAGCCAAGAAAUGGGAAAUGGAGGGACGUAUUUUUUCAGUGUGCUCAAGAUAUCUGACACUGUCCGAGAAGAUAAUGGAGUUUUUAUGUGCUUGGCUCUUGACGGAGCUGGGAAUGUGACCGACAGCGCUGAUUUUACUAUCUUUGUCCAAGAGGUGGCAGAACUUGCUAAUCCAGAAUAUGACAAUGUCCUCACCAUGCAACUUCAACUUGUGUGGGACUUCACAGUUCAAGGCAAUGACGAUGACAUCAACUGCACAGCCAAAUACGGGAUUGAAGGCACCAAUGAGAAAGGGCCAGAUGUUGUGGGGGGUACAUCACCUAUUGUCGUGACGGGCUUGAAGCCCUACACCAUCUACGAGUUUCAGCUGAUCUGUGUGAAUCUUGCUGGAAGCAGCAAGGCCCUGGACUUUGGACCCCAACGAACCCUAGCUGGAAGUAUGAUCACUAUCUUGCAUGAAUAUUCAUUCUUAUGUCACCCUAAAUGA